UGCAUUUACAAGUAUGGAGAUGAAAGUAGCAAUUCUCUUCCUGGACAUUCUGUUGCCCUCUGUUUAGCUGUUGCUUUUAAAAGUAAGGCAACCAAUGAUGAAAUCUUCAGCAUUCUGAAAGAUGUACCAAAUCCUAACCAGGAUGAUGAUGAUGAUGAAGGAUUCAGUUUUAACCCAUUGAAAAUAGAGGUCUUUGUACAGACUCUGUUACACUUGGCAGCCAAAUCGUUCAGCCAUUCCUUCAGUGCUCUUGCAAAGUUUCAUGAAGUUUUCAAAACCCUAGCUGAAAGUGAUGAGGGAAAGUUACAUGUGCUAAGAGUUAUGUUUGAAGUUUGGAGGAACCACCCACAGAUGAUUGCUGUACUAGUGGAUAAGAUGAUUCGCACACAGAUCGUUGACUGUGCUGCAGUGGCAAAUUGGAUCUUCUCUUCAGAACUAUCUCAUGACUUUACUAGAUUGUUUGUUUGGGAAAUCUUGCACUCUACAAUUCGUAAGAUGAACAAACAUGUUCUGAAGAUCCAGAAAGAGUUAGAAGAAGCUAAAGAAAAACUCGCAAGGCAACACAAACGGCGAAGUGAUGAUGACGACAGAAGCAGUGACAGAAAAGAUGGGGCUCUUGAGGAGCAAAUAGAAAGACUGCAGGAAAAGGUGGAAUCUGCACAGAGUGAACAAAAGAACCUCUUCCUCGUCAUAUUUCAGCGUUUUAUCAUGAUCUUGACUGAGCACUUAGUACGAUGUGAAACUGAUGGGACCAGUGUGUUAACACCAUGGUAUAAGAACUGUAUAGAGAGACUCCAGCAGAUAUUCCUACAGCAUCACCAGAUAAUCCAGCAGUACAUGGUGACCCUGGAAAACCUUCUCUUCACAGCUGAAUUAGACCCUCAUAUCCUGGCCGUGUUCCAGCAAUUCUGUGCCCUGCAGGCCUAAGGGUCAUUUUUUUCCCCUCGUGUCAAGUUUUUUUUAAGUAUCUUAAAAUAAUUUGUCUUAUUUUUGA